GACCCUCUUGAGAAAAUGUCAAAUUUGUGUUGCAAACUCUAGCCCAGGACCUCAACUGGCACAGCAAUUUUUGAACAGAUCUGAUUAAACUUUAAGUGCCUUAAAAAUGAAUUUCAACUGAGCAGCCAUAAUUAUGGUGUGGCUAGCUGCUCCCCCAUCAUUGUGCCAUGAGAUAAAAAUGGAAGGUGCUUGAGCUAUUUUGGAGGUUUACUUGUGCACAUGUGGGGGUCACAAAGUGAAAUGCCUGGGAACAAUAGCCCCACUGGCUCAGAGAACUGAAUCCCUCCAGUUCUAACACUGCCACUUUUAAAAGAUUGUCCCCUGCCAAGGCAAACUUGUUGCAUUGCAAGAUGACAAUGCAGGUAAUGCCACAGUGAGAUGCAUUUUCAGGUCACUUUAUGGGCCUUGGUCCAAGAGAAGCUACAAAUCCCCACCCUUUCUACAGGAAGGUUCAUGGCAGGUACUUGCUCCAACCUGUGCCAGCUCUGAGGGUGCUUUUGCUUCCCCCGCUUUCACGGGAUCAGCACCUUCUCUGUCCUUUUCUUAACCAAGAGAUUGAGGGAAGAAAUGACAAACCUGAUUAGGCAUAAUCUUCAAACUAUGCUGCACUGACACCUCCAGCUCAGUCAUACGCUAGCUAUAUUGACAUAACAGAACUGCAGCUUAUCCACCACUGUUACUUGGUAAAUCAUACAACUUGCCUUAUCCAAGCAUAAUGCUGCUAGGUUCUCAUGUCUUGUGUGGACCUGUGCAUAUUCAGUGGACUUCUAUCCUUGCUGUGCCCUGACAAUCUUAUACCUCCUGACUUUGGCAUCUCCUAAUUUACUGGUAACCUAGUUGAUGCUUUUGUAGCCUUCUGCAUUUCUUGUUAUUUUAAAUGGAGGAUCAGUCAUUAAAAGUCAGGUUCUUCAUUCAGCGGCCUCAGACAAUACUCUAUAGGCUGAUGUUCCCUCCAUUUCCUCAUUAGAACCUUUAGAUGGCGCAAUAACAUAAAUCUCUUGAGAUCCUCUCUUAAUCUCAUUUGCUAAGGAACUUUCACUCAAAGUUCCUGAGUCCUGCAGUAUUAGGCUCUCUAGCAUUGCUUUUGCAACUCACAAAGAAUGCAGCCAUCCUGAAUGCAACUUGCUGAAGGUGUCAAGGUGACUCUCAUUCCAACAUCACAAUUGCAGAGAUCAGCUGAGGACUCUUAGCUGUGACAGUCCCUGCUUGUGGAUGCUAAAAACCUGGAAAAAAAUGAAAUAUGCACAGUAUGUCUUCCUGGCAACACUCCUUUCUGGUAUUCAACACUGCCUGGCUCAAAGUUGUACAGUGGAUUCUUUCUCUGUGAAAGACAACUUCGACCCAAAGAGGUAUGCAGGGAAAUGGUAUGCCCUAGCAAAGAAGGACCCAGAAGGUCUCUUCCUUCAGGAUAACAUCUCUGCUGAAUACACCAUCGAGGAGGAUGGCACAAUGAUUGCAUCUUCCAAAGGCAGAGUGAAGCUUUUUGGAUUCUGGGUGAUCUGUGCUGAUAUGGCUGCUCAGUACACAGUCCCGGACCCCACCACUCCAGCGAAGAUGUAUAUGCGUUACCAAGGUCUGGCUAGCUACUUGUCCAGUGGAGGGGACAACUACUGGGUGAUUGACACCGAUUAUGACAACUAUGCCAUUACUUAUGCCUGCCGCAGCCUGAAAGAGGAUGGCACUUGUGAUGAUGGAUACUCCCUUAUCUUCUCACGCAAUCCUCGUGGGCUCCCACCAGCCAUCCAGCGCAUUGUGCGUCAGAAGCAGGAAGAGAUUUGCAUGUCUGGCCAGUUCCAGCCAGUGCUGCAGACAGGUGCCUGCUAAGGAAUUACACUUGUGAUUCAAUUUCUAAGACCAGAACCUAGAUCACUGUGUCUUGAAGUUUUCAGUCUCUUAAAAGUCAAAUAGUUUGGACCAAUGUUUUUUUCCUGAAAAACAUGUUAAAAUGUUGUUUUUUUGUAACCCGAGUGCAAUUUUCAAAGGAAUAACGUUAAUGUGAUGUUCUUAAAAAACCUCUAAACAUGAAUUUUGCUAUCUACUGCCUGUCUCAUUUAACCUAGCCUCAUUUAACCUUAAUUUUUAAGUAACAAAGCCUGGUGGGACAAGAAGUCUGAUGCAAGAUUGAUAAAGUGUGAUCCUCUCAUUCCAAGUUAAUAUGGUAGAAUAUUUACUGCUAGUAACUAUUAGUGCUGAAAUUUUCCAAUUGGGGUUGGUGCCCCAUUGUGAUGGCUGUUUCUAGUCAGACAACUGGCAUCAAACAACUUCAAACUAAGAACACAAUAGAGGAUCACACAAGAGGCUGGCUUUCUAAAAGCUUGGAAUACUGAAUCCCUGGUUCCCCUUAAGGGUUGAACAAGCUCAGCCUCAUCAAAGCCCUGUGCAGCUGCUUGAUCCAAGCUCCUGGCUAUUAGUCCUAACAAUAGGUA